UCUUAUAACGUCCAUGCCUUCGGUUGUCUACUCGCUCUAGGAUUUAAUGGAGCUGACUUGGCAGAUUUUGCUGUAUCAAAUAGUUGUAGCCGCCGCAACAUCCUAAAUUCUUAUUUUAGUUUGUCGCGUGUCCCUGCUCGUAGUUCAAUGUGUUUGUUGUGUGUCAUCGGAAAUUGAUAGUAGGCUCUGGAGAUUAGCUUGAUGUGUACCACUUGGACUUGCUAUAUAUAUGUCAAGUGAGUUGGCGUUGAUUUGAUUGCCCAUUCCUUUGAAAGGCAUGUGAUUAAAUGGAUGAGGCAGACUGUGUGAUCUAAUACAACCUAAUACGCAGCUAAAGCCUGAACUACUAACAACCUAACCCGUCUAUGACGCACGACCGAACACUUCUAGGAGGUGCCGAAAUUAUGUAAGACGCGCGAAAACGGUGCGGAGCGGCGCGGCGCGUUCGGGCGCGUCCCGGCCCUACGAUGCCGGACUCAUGAUGUAUCCGAUGGUGCAGCAACAGCAACAGCAUCAUCAGCAGCAGCAGCAGCAGGAACACAACCAGCAGAUCCAACGGCUAGAACAGGACCCCGAGGAGGGCGAGGAGGACUCGACCAGGGAGAGCAAGCGAGUUAGGAGGCCGCUGUACAGGAGAUUCUUCAGCUACGUCAGGGAGGCUUGGACAGGAGUCAAGUUUGCGCUAGAUUCCGAAUUGGAAGAUUUGGAGACUCCCCCUAGAUACAGACCAGAUAGUCUGGAGGCCCUUUGUCGAGCUACACGCUUCAGCCAAGCGGAAAUCAAACGUAUAUAUCGCGGUUUCAAAGCCGAGUGUCCAACUGGAGUUGUGAGAGAGGAAACGUUUAAGAUGAUCUACGCGCAGUUCUUCCCACAGGGUGCCAACACUAGUCAGUAUGCUCAUUAUGUGUUCAACACUUUGGAUCAAGACCAUAGUGGAUUAAUUAGUUUUGAAGAUUUUGUACAAAACCUAUCAAUUCUUUCGAGGGGUUCUUUGGAGGAAAAGUUGCGUUGGGCCUUCACAUUGUACGACAUCAACGGCGAUGGCUUCAUCACAAGGGAAGAAAUGACGGACAUCGUCAAUGCCGUCUACGAUUUGAUGGGAAAAGUGUCAGAGCCAAGCGUCGACGAUAAUACCGUGAAAGAGAAAGUCGAUAGGAUAUUCCAGAAAAUGGACAAGAACAAAGAUGGCGUUGUUACUUUAGACGAAUUUCUGGAGUGCUGUCAAUCUGACGCAGACAUCUCCUCGUCCAUGGCCGUCUUCGAUUCCUCGAUAUGACGUUCCCCCGUCGGCGUUCGACCUCCUCCAUCUUGGACAUGAGAAAGAAUGUCGACGAACAUGUCCAAUCAUUCUGACCAACGUAUUAAUAUACUUGACAUACUGGUGAUAAAAGAAGAAUGUUUAACAAAUAUGCUACAUGUAAAUUUUCGCUUUCGAUAGUGAUAUAUGAUGUGGAAAAGGAUGGGUACAAAUUAAUCAAUUAAAACUAAAUAUACAUAGGGAUUCCUCGAAAUGCGACUUUAAUUUUAGGCAGGCAUAUGCGCUGUUGAACUGAUCUUAUGAUAUGGAAUAAGAUGAUGAUCCAAGUUGGACUCUUCCUCUUCAGGCUUCGAUGAAUUGCGACUAAAUAUAUGUUUCAAUUUCCUACUUCCAUUUAUUAUACUUAUCUCUGCGCAAAUGAGUUUUUCAAAAGUCUUGUGGUUGAAGAAUUAAACCAGUCGAUAACAUAUGGACUUUUCUGGAAGAUAUUUGCACAUCAAUACAUGUAUUGCCUGCAUUAUUCUAGAAAAAUCACUUUUUUG